AUGUGUUACUAUGGCGGAUACUAUGGAGGCCUGGGCUACGGCUAUGGUGGCCUAGGCUAUGGCUAUGGUGGCUAUGGUGGCUAUGGUGGCUAUGGUGGCUAUGGCGGCUAUGGUUAUGGCUGCUGUCGCCCACUGUGCUAUAGAAGGUACUGGUCCUAUGGUUUCUACUGA